CGAGGCUUCUUAUCUCCAACCGUUUUCACCGCUUCGACUUGGCGGUUGUCGAAGGGGAUAGGCACAGGCACCCAUGUUUUUUUGAUCCUCUCUCUUAAAUUUUGAUUUUUUUUUUAACAGAAAACGACUGCGUAUUGACUCUUCGAGCGAAAAUGGGGAACAGAAGGUUCGCGCAGAUCUCCACCAGUGACGAAGAAGACAACGAUGUCCCGGCGCGGCGGCAACGGUCGGCUUCGUCGGAUGACAAACAGUUGAAGACGAGGAAGAGGAAGAAGAAAGAGGAGUAUGAGGAGGAAGAGGAGGAGGAAGAAGAGGAGGAAGAGGAAGAAGAAGAUGAGGAGGAAGAAGAAGAAGAGGAGGAGGAGGAGGAGGAGGAAGAGGAAGAGGAAGAGAAGAGUAAGAAGAAGAAGAAGAGGAGGAAGAAGAAUAAUACGCCGACGAAGAGUAGUAAGAAGAAGAAGAAGGAAGAGGCUUCGCCGCCGAGUGAGGAAGAAGAGGAACAAGUGACGGAAGAUGCUAAGCCGAUUGGGGAUUCGAUUAAGACGACCGGAAAAGGAAAGAGUAAGAAGAACCAUUACGAAGCGUUUGAGUACGACGGCAAUCAAUAUGAUCUCGAGGAUCCUGUACUCAUAGUUCCGGAAACUAGGUUUCAAAAGCCGUAUGUGGCAAUUAUUAAGGAUAUUGCUCAGGACAAAGACGGCAGUAUAAUGGUUACUGGACAAUGGUUUUAUCGUCCUGAGGAGGCAGAGAAAAAAGGUGGUGGAAACUGGCAAUCAAAUGACACAAGAGAGCUGUUUUACAGUUUUCAUCGUGAUGACGUUCCAGCAGAAUCAAUAAUGCACAAGUGUGUCGUUCAUUUUGUUCCAUUACACAAGCAGCUUCCUAACCGGAAACAGUACCCGGGAUUUUUUGUGAGAAAAGUGUAUGAUGCUGUUGAGAAAAAACUUUGGAAGCUAACUGAUAAGGACUACGAGGACAAGAAGCAGCAUGAAAUUGAUCUACUGGUUGAGAAGACUAUGAAACGAUUGGUGGAUCUCCCUGACAUUGAGCCUGAAGAUAGCAAUGCUGAUCAGGAAGAUCAUUUGAAGUCAAAAAGAAUUCUCAGGAGAAAGACCAUUUCUCCACUUGAUGUAUCUAGAGAAGAAGACGCAACAAGGCCUGAUCAAAAUUCAAAAUUUGAUACGCCAGGAAGCUGUCCAAGUAAUGCCUCAGAAUAUUACAGCAUUUUAUUGAAUUUCAAUGUACUACCUGGAGAAACCUACCGUGAUAAAUGGUUGGAGAGGCUUCUUCAGAGUGUUCAACAUGUUUGCAUUUCUGCCGAGGACAGUAAGGAUGAUAAAGAGAAGGUUGGUGCUGAUGGAAAUAACGAUAAUAGUGAUAUUAAGCGUCCAAAAGCUGCAAAUGAAUCUCAAGAAAAGAGUCAGACUGGCAACCGUACCUUUAUCUGGCCAGAUGACGCUGUUUCAGCAGUUACUGCUCUUGAGAAGGCUGCACAUGAGUGUUUUUCUAUGGAAUUUCAGAAGUAUAACCAAAAAGUAAGGCAGUUACAUUACAAUUUGAAGAGUAAUGGGCCACUUGCCCGGCGUUUUUUAAAUAAAGAGUUAGAUCCUGUGAAAGUACUGAAUAUGUCACCCAAUGAGUUAAAGGAGGGUUUAACUGCUGAGGAGAUGACCAAAAAGGAACCAGAUGAAUUAGAGAGAAUGCAGGUAACUUCAUUUUAUUUCAAUUUGCUUUCGUCCUUGAUAUCGUUUGGUCUCAGUCUGCAUUAUCUGUUGCUCGUGAAGCAGAUGACUGAUGCUCGUUGCUCAAGAUGUUCAGAGUUCAAAGUCGGUGUGAGGGACAUCAUCCAAGCUGGACACGGAGAGCGUUACCAGUUGGAGUGCAUUGCUUGUGGUCAUUCAUGGUAUGCAUCUCGGGAUGACGCGGCUUCCCUGACAAUUGACUCUACAAGCAACGCAAAAAAUGUGGGCACAGCUCCAUUGGCUACUGCCAAAUUCGAAAACAUCGAAAAGAAGAUGGUAAGCCCCCGGGAGUCUGACAAGGAAAAGAAGAUGGUAAGCCCCCGGGAAUCUGACAAGGCAGCCCCAGCCAACGAUGGGUUGAAGAAAACAAGUGAAUCGCAUGUGCCUGUGUUGGAAACACAGAAAUCGCUUAUCAAGACUAAAAAGGAGGAAAAUCCAGCUCUAAAACCUGCUACAAAGAAGGCUGAAUAGAAAUUGGCUAUUGAAGUUUUGGUUCAUCAGAAGUGUUAGUGCAGUAUGAAAUUGCUUUUUGUUUGUAUAGUUUUGUUUGAUCUCUCUGGCUGGUUGUUGUGCAUAUUGAGCCUUAGGAUUACUAAUUUUAAAAAAACCUGAAGCUUAGGACAAAAGUUGCAGGGUAUUUAGUCUCGUUAUCACAUCAUAGAAUAGCACACUAAACUGUCUUUUACAGUAAAAAUCGACAUGUUUAUUUGUAUCA